AUGUUUGAAAAAGAUGGAAGCAAUAGAAAUUAUGAUGCGGAUGUUUGGGCCGGUAAAUAAGAUGUGGCCUAUGAACAAAGGAAAUCUCUCUUUUCUUUUACUUCCACUGAUUAAUAUCGGGCACAAAGAAAUGAUAUUGAAUGAAAAGGCGGAGUAGUUAUUGUCGAUAGGAAUAAAUAAACAUACUUGUUAAUGAGGUUUCACCGGAUGCCCUUUAAACUGCUAAUUGUAACCAGUGGGAGAACGUUUGUUCCGCGUCAGCCGAGAAGAACAUUUUAUUUAAUGAUGAUAAGUGAGACUGUAAUUAAAAAUAUAAUUGAAGUGUUGACAGUGAAAAUGCUUGGAGGGAAUUGUAUAUUAAGAGCAGUGUUUUCAGCCGAGGCUCACUUUAGUCGGUGCGAUCAACACGCCACAUUUUGUAAAUCUGCUUCCGAGACGAUUUUUCAUUGACAAGGAACAGGAGUGAAUGCUCAGGUAAGAAGAUUGUAUAUGAUAACAUUUCAUUUACAAUGAUGUUUGAGUAUUUAUUUUUUGAGUGUUGUUUUUUCGCAUGGGCAUGCUCUUGCCUUUCAUUAUCUGACUGCCGAGCCAAGUUUUUAAGAUGAUUCAAAAAUGCUUACCAUGAGCUCAAAGAUGAUGUUAGAUGAAAACGCUUUCACCAUUUUUUUGUGCCAUGUGUGCUCUAUUUGUGAAGCUGGUCUGUUCAAUUGGAUAACACCCAACUAAAACUUGGUUUGUACCACGAUUUUUUUCCAUUUUUUAUCAUUUCUAAACUACAUAAGAUAAAUUCAUGCUUCGCGUAAGAACAAAACAAAAAAGAAAAAAUAAAGAAAAUAGACUUUGAGAGCCAUGUGCUAUGCUUAGGAAGAAAAAGUAAAGUUCCCUUUUUGCGGACCUUGUGAAAUUACAACUAAUUUUUCAUCAGAUAUUUUAAAAUCUUCGCUGCUUUCUUGUGUAAUUAUUUGGUCGUUUGCGAGCACUAACGAUAUAUUAUAACAAUAGUUUAGAGCACAUGUACAGAAUUUGUCACGACAAAGUCGCAUUGUUCCUGGAAAUCCUCUGAUUUUCUUCUUGAUUGCCAUCUCUUGGCUAAAUGGGUACCACCCAAACCAGAUAUUGAGUAUUAAUCGUUGUGAAAGUUCCCAUUAACGAUAAGAUAGUUUCAAGCUUUUGUGUUUGCGUCUUUCCCUUUUACUCUUUGUGUCAAUUAGGUGCAAAAUUCCUUCUUUUUUCAUGUCACUUACUUGACUUUAUCAUUCCUGUUAAAAGCGCUAAAAUUUGGUGAUUACAUCUUUAUUCUCGGGAUUUAGUCUUGCUCAAAGAAUUCUCCUGCUUUUGUCUGGUUUUAUACUGAAGACAAAAUAAUGAGUUUCCCACAAUAUGGAACACUUACUCUGAGAAAACCUUAAAAACGGUCAUUAAAGAUGAAGAAAUAUAUACAAAAAAACGUAGGAACUUAAGAUUAAGUAUCCUUAAAAGUAAAAAAAUUGUUAGUGCUUUAUUUUAUCUUAAUAUCCAGCUGCCUGAGUAAAUCUAUCGCGCACUUGCCUCCAAGGUCUUAAUUAGCGACUCCUGAUAUUGCACAGAAAAAUUUGGUGCGAGCUUGAUAGGCUAGUGGAACUUGAAACAAUGGCCAUUGUAACAAUUAAUUAUAAAAAGACGAAGAGACUUAAUGUUUGUAUGUAUUUCUUUACAGGUCAAUGAUGUUUUUAAGACUUGCUGUCUUAUUUUGUGUGGUUUGCUUAGCAAGCAGCGAAAAAGAGAAAAACUCUGAGGAUCCGCCCGGCUUACUUCAAGCAUUAAACUCUAAAUAUUUUGGUCACAUCAGGGGCAAAAGAACGGUUAGUAUUUGAUCGCUCUGUUAACAUCUCACAUUACAGCCUGUAACCACGCACUGAUAUAAUGAUACAAUACGCCUCGUGAUUUUCAUCCUAUGAAUUAGAUCAAAAUCGAAAUUUUGAAGAAAAGGAGUUCCUUUUUAUUGAAAUCUUAUGUUGUACUCAGAUAAAAGGUCGGUGAAAGAGACCUCUAUACCCAGCCAUGGAAAAAAAAAUCAGUUCUCGUAGUAAAACAAAAGUCUUUUUUCGUGAAUUUUUCCGACUGUAAAGAGGAUUUCAAAGAAUAGUGGCUAAUGGGGGCGGCUCUACCAUGGAAAAUACACUGAAUAUCUAUUUUUUUAAACUGUGCAUGGUUUCCUUGCGUCUCUGAGCACUGAUUUGCUUACAUUCAAAUACCGACAGGUACUAUUUUAGUUAAUCAGCUUCUAGUGUAAAUGAAAAAACUCUCAAUUAAUUCGACAUUUCACUGAUCAAAACGAAAGGUACUUUUUACUUUUUUCGUUACAGAUUAUUCAAUUAACUCGAAGUUCUCUUUAUUUUAAAGGGCAAGGAUGAUUAUCCACCCUUGGAACAGGCACUUAAUAAUGCUUAUUUUGGACAUAUUCGCGGAAAAAGAACGGUAAUGCCUGGCUUUUACUAUGACAGUCCAGUGACUGUUUGUUUAAAGCAAUCUCUUAUUCGCUUAGUUUUGGCAGUGUUGAGCAACAUAUACACUAUACAGCCGCUUGAGAAAUGUGCGUUUUUUUGUCCAACUAGAAAUUUUUUUGGAUGAGCUUUAGGGAUUUUACACCUGAACUGCAAGUCCUUAAUGUCAUUUGUUAUUAUUUCAGCAAUCAAAUGAUUAUCCGCCACUAGAGGAAGCUCUCAAUUCAGCAUAUUUUGGACAUAUUAGAGGAAAGAGAACGGUAAUUGUUUCUUUGUAGUUAAGAACAUGAUAACUAACGGUGAAUGGGAUAAUAAGUUCCCUGAAGAACAACAAAUUCAGCUGAACCGAACUUAACCCUGUCAAAGAGAGGAAACAAUAACCAAAGAUUAUAACUGCAGUUGCCGCAUUUAAGAAGGAAACAUUCGUCAAUGACUGUUGCCUGUUUUGACCUUCAUGGUUCACAUUACAAUCUGGAUCAUAAGAGUUGAAAAUCUGCGAAAAUUUUCUCGUUUCCUCUUUGCAGUUCGCCUGAAGCAUGGGAAAACCAUGAUAAGAGUUUCGAAAUUUCUAUAUUUGCUGAACCAGCCACUUAGGUGCAGGAUAAGGCAUAACAAAUGCAGUGCCCUGCCGGAAAUCUUUUAUCCAGCUUAAUAACUGAGCUGAUAGUCAAGCAGGUGAAAUGACUCCCAGUUCACUUGAUGGACGUGCCAACUUCUCCUAACAAGCAUUGUAUGAAUCCUGUAAUAAUCAGUUAAGAGAAUCUGCAUUUGUUUUGCUUUACAGCUUCAAGGUUAGGGUUAUAAUCCUGCGCUUCGUGAAGCACUCAAUAGGCAGUUUUUUGGCCGCUUUCGGGGAAAACGGACGGUAAGAUGAAAAGUGAACAGGCUGGCUAAGGCAUUUCGCGUCGCAUAAAUGAACUUAAAUGAGAGUGGUAUGCUCCUUUAAACUUUGGCCACCGCUGCAUUGUGUGUUUGUUUUGCAGGGAGGCUGGGGAUCAAACAAAGAUUUAUUGGAGGCCUUAAACAAUGCUUACAUGGGACACAUCCGUGGGAAACGACAACAGGUACUAAAUUGUGCUGACUUUGAAACGAGUAGGUGUAGCUAAUUAAACACAUUUGAUUUGUUUUUUCGUUCAAUGUAGGUAUAAUAAUCUUGUAAUAGUUUAUUUAAUAGUUUACUGUAUGAUAAUCUUGUUUCUUUUCUCUUUUGAAUUUUUUGUAGGAAACAAUGGAUAAGUCAGUUUAAUGACCACCUCUUGAAACCAUGCCAUGAAAUUGCAAUCGAAGACACUGCCAGUGACCAUUAG